GACACUGCACUGUUGUGCCCUGGUGUGUGUGAGAUCUCAUACCCAUAGGCGUAGGGCAGUUGCUGAGUCAGUGUGUGAGAAGGUUCUUCACCUCCUGUGUGAACUUGCUAAUUAACAACCAAAAUGGCAAGAAAUAUUCUCAGAAAUCCAAAUGGAGAUGAGGGGUUUAAAUUCUGGGAGUUGACGGAGAACGGUGGAAAUGAGUGGCACGUGGAAGACAUGCCCGGAGACUGUGGACAUGACUUCAUCAAUAAUGCUGUAACCAAAUACUUCACCACCUCCUUUGAACUGUGUCUUAAGAAACAGGUGAUUGAUCUGGUGGCAGAAGGCUACGAUCCUGGUGACUUGGACAGUCAGCCCGCUGUCACAAUUGAGGACUGGUUUUGUAGCCGAACAGAUUGUGGUUGUAUGUACCAGUUGUCUGUGUCACUCUUGAAUGAGAAAGAAGAGGUGCUGCAGGAAUACAAGCCUGACAUGGUGAUUCUCGACCCAGACAGUGAUGACUGCUCUUGGAGACAGAUGACCAAGAUAUUUACUGAUUAUGGCCCAGGUUUGCGCUUCAUCUCUUUCGAGCAUGGUGGAAACGACACUAAAUACUGGAACGGCUGGUUUGGCGUAAGAGUGACUGGGAGCGCCGUCACUAUAGACCUUUAAAAGAUAAUACCUGAGACACAUGGAAAAUCAUACAGAUCUGAUAUUAGCCUAACCCUGCUCUAGAAAAACAGUUCUCAAAGCUGUUUACAUCAGACUUUUCCAUAACCUGUCUCAUAAAUGACAACAUUUCCAUUUAACAAGCUUACUGAAAUCGUGAUCAUUAUCAGACUGUGUUUUUGAGCUCCUGUAGCUUCAAGUUUUGCCUGGGUGCACAAAGUUUGAGAACUGCUGAUCAAGAUUUUAUUUUGCAACAAAUCUAUUAUAGUCACUUAAGGCACUUUAAGCAUUCUGGAUAAACACACAGGAUCAGGCUUUUAUGUGGGGUUCUUUCCUGCGUUGAUCCUUGUCUAAACCUGAAGUAUAUAUGCAUUGUAAAUUGUAGAAAAGGAUAGAUGCUUUAUUCUUAUUACUGCUGCUCAUGUACAUGUGUCUUCUAACAGCUACCUUGACUCUUAUAGCCACUAAUAACAAUAAUAAUAAAACAAACCAAAAAAAUGA